UUCAGGACUAGCUGCAUUGGAAAGCUGAGUAGUGUUCCCUCUAUCUCUAAUAGCAGCACACUUUGCUUCACAAUCCUUCUAAGGUGUCAUGACUUACCCAGGCUUCAGCUGUCAGCUCCUGCUCUUAUUUCUUGGGCCUGGCUUCAGUUUGGGUGCUGCUCUCCAUUUAAUGCAUUGUGCCCCUUGUACUGAAGAAAAGCUCAGGCUGUGUCCACCAGUGUCAGCCAACUGCCCAGAAACAUCCCAUCAACCAGGCUGCAGUUGUUGUCAUAGCUGUGCCCUUCAGCUGGGGGAGCCUUGUGGAAUAUACACAGCAAGGUGUAGCCAGGGGCUUAGUUGCCAGGUACAGGUAGAUCAAGCUCGACCUCUUUAUGUCCUCACUCAGGGGCAAGGUACAUGCCUCCCCAUUGCUGGCAGGACAGAAACUGCAGAAUCUGUAGAACCAGAAGAUAUGCCCACUGAAGGUGAUGAAAUAACAGCAGAUCACUUGGUCAACUAUGAGGUGGCGUUUUCAGCUGAGCAAGAUAAAUCUGCCUCGUGGGAUGCUAAUAACAUUUAUGAACGUUUGAGAGCAGACAAACCUGCUGAAGUUAAGAAGCGGAGGGAACAGGGACCAUGUCAAAAAGAACUGUACAAAGCACUGGAUAAAUUGGCAAAAGCUCAACAAACAACAGGAGGACAAUUAUAUAGAUUCUAUUUACCCAACUGUAAUAAAAAUGGAUUUUAUCAUAGUAAACAGUGUGAAACUUCACUUGAUGGAAAUCCUGCAAGUUGCUGGUGUGUGUAUCCAAAGAAUGGGAAGAGGAUUCCUGAGUCUCCAGAAAUGAUGGGCAAUCUUGAAUGUGAACAAUUUAUUAGCUCACAAAAAUAAUGCCAAAAAAAUUUGCACAAACAUGUAUUGUAUUUUUGGAAGCUGAAUGCAUUUCUAGGUCAGGGUCUGUUAACCUUGGUUAACAGAACUUUAAAUAUGUGGUUAGAUAAUUGCUUUUUUCAUUUUGUGAAGUUCCAGUGAUCCCAAUUGGGUUGACUCUAUUCAAAUAUACUGUCAGAUUUCCUGCUUUACAAUUCAUUAUCAAAACACUUAAUUCAAGGAACAAGAAUCUAGCAGUUCUGAUUAAUAAUAUUUAUUAGAAGGAGGGUUAAAUUUAUAACAAAAGAAUUUUAGCAAGAAAGCAGACUUUCGGAUAAGAAAGCAACAUUUAAUAUAGAUUCGUGUUUCUCAAUCAUGGCAUCUUUAAGAUAUGUGAAGGGCUGGAAAUAUGUUUCUUUUUUAUAAAAAUAGGGCAUUUUGCAUCCUGUAUAGUUUUGGUAGUUACUAGUCUUUUUGUGAGUGGCAGAAUAGUUGUCCAGGAUAUUAUAGCACUGUGGUCAGCAUUACUGGUGGGAUGAGGAUUCUAUUAUUGUAUCCUAUUAUAUUCCUAAAAGUUAAGCAGUAGAAGUGCCAUUAAAAUAAUACAGAGGAAGAGAUUAUGGACUACACAAUAUAAAGUUCAAAAGAUUAUUGAAUUAUUUAUUCAACAAGUAUUUUUAUUUUAUUUCUAUAUUAAUUUAUGUAUCUGUAUACUUUCAAACUUUGUAUGAAAACAUUUUAAUAUUAUCUCUAAGAAUAUGCAGUGUUCUGUUUUUAAAGAAUACAAUAUAUUACUAACAUCCUUUGCAAAUAUAGUGUUUGAGGAUGACAGUUCAAGAAUUUAUUUUAAAAAGUGUGUAUAUUAGAUUUAUUUUAAAAGUAUGUAUAUUAGGUUGUUGCUUUACUUCAUAUUGCUUCUCAUUUCAUCAUCAAGGAGUUCUCACUCUGAAUAAUCUUAUUAAGGAAAGAUCAAAGACACCUUAAAAGGAAAGUUAUUUCUGUGUUUUUAAUAAAUGCAGUUACUUUACAAACAAGUAUAAACAAACUAAAAUUAAGAAAUUGUAAUAUAUGUUUGAUGGAUGUAAACAUUCAUAAAUCAUGUUAUUUAAACAUUUAUUAAACAUUUUUCUUUGAACCCUA